AUGUUACAUCGACUAGUUUAACUAAUCGUUCAAGCUAAAGAACAGCAGGAGAAAUAAGUUUCUUCAAAAGUUAGGUUUCUGUCAGAAAUAGACGUUGGCUAGAGUUCUUAAAAUACAUAAGCAAUUACGUCAGAACAGAAUUCAGAGGACAAUGAUGGUUACCUAGUAAUAGUCCUUUUAAUUUGUCUCUUUCUUCUUAUAUGUGUAUGUGGCACGAUCGUCGAGGUUAGCCGAAGAAAUAAAGUUAAAAAAGAAAUUAAAUAGAAAUUAUUGCAAGAAACACGUUUAUCACUUCAAUCCAACCUCAUUACACUCAAUAGUAUGUAAGAUUAGUUGCAAUUUUCUUUUUGGAAGUUAACCAGCUUCAAUUUUAAGAAUUUCUCUACUCAAAAAAUACUGAGAUUCUAGUCAUUUCUCACUUCUCAUAAUAAACUAGAACUUUCAAUCAAAAUUGAAUAAGAUUACAACCCUUGGUUAGCUGAAGGACAUAUAUCAACUAACUCAGAACAAGAAAUUUAAAUUCACUUGAGAACAAGCCUCGAUUGUGAGAUAUUGGAAAAAAGUGAUAGAAGUGACCAUUUGUAUUUACUACAAUAGUUUAAGGGCAAAUACAACAAGGAGGAAUAUAAAUUCGUUGGUUCAUGGAGCGUCUAUGGUAGUUAAGAACUUAAUAAUUUGAAUUUUUCUGGAGAAUUCGAAUUAUCAAAAAUACUUACUUGA